CCUCGGCCAUGCGCGCACUGGGCAGGCGCGGCUUGUCGUCGCUCCCGUUGGUGUCCUACCAGCAUCUGUUCCUCCUUUGGUAUUAAAAAUAGACCGCUGCUGAUAACAGACUUAUGUUUCGGCUACAUCACUUGCCGGCGGGAGUCAUUUGUGCACUACUUUCAUUUUAAUCACCGAACCGUGACCGUGGGAGCGUAAAUGCGCAUCCGUGCGCGCAUCUCGGAAUCUUUUCAAUCCCACCGUGGACAAUCCCCUUGACAUCCAAAGACCCUUCCUCCGCAAUCCGACGAGGCUUCUUCGCCACCUAUGGCCGCAAAUCGGCUUCCAUGAGCCGCCGGCCUCCUCCCGAACUGCUUUCCUUUAAGGUUUUAAAAUCGAGGAGGCAUUUCUACUGGAUUUUUUUGUAUUUUCUAAACCAUCUGCGCGGACUCAUUUGAAAGCUAUGCUUGGCACAUCUCUCUAGAUCUUGUGAUCAAUAGCCUCCGCGGUAUCUCCUCCCACAUUCGUCCUGCCGAGGAGCUGCGUCUCCCGCGGAGCUCCAGCGAUGCAGCCGAACGCAGUGAUGCUGGCGGUGGUCCUUCUGGGGAACUUGAUGCUGCCUUUCGCCUCGUCCCAGAACGCUGGAUUUGUGAAGUCACCGCUGUCUGAGACUAAGCUUACAGGGGACACCUUUGAGCUGUACUGUGAGGUGGUUGGGAAACCCCCUCCAGAGAUCCAGUGGUGGUACUCUGAAGUCAACCGAGCUGAUUCUUUCAAGCAGCUGUGGGACGGAGCACGCAAGCGGCGGGUAGCCAUUAACACUGCCUAUGGUACCAAUGGGGUCAGUGUUCUCAGCAUGACUCGCCUCACACUGGAGGACUCUGGGACCUAUGAGUGUCGCGCGAGCAAUGACCCCAAUCGCAAUGACCUCCGACAAAACCCUGCCAUUACCUGGAUCCGUGCCCAGGCCACCAUUACAGUUCUACAAAAACCAAAUAUCAAUGCCUCUGAGCAUAUCAUCCUGCCACUGGACUCCCCGAGCAAACCGGUCGUCCUGCGCUGUAACCUCACCACCGCACACUGGCCACACACGUACAGCUUCUGGAUGAAGAACGGGCAAGAGAUCCCAAACACGCGGACGGAGCAGAGGGCUACAACUCACAGCAUCACUAAACCACGGGCUGAUGAUUCAGGGAUGUACAUGUGUGUUUACACAUUUGACAUGGCACCAAACGGAAAUGCAACAAUUGAAGUAAAAGCAAGACCAGAGGUCAUUAGUCACAAGCGAAGUGAAAAUAAAAACGAGGGGGAAAAUGCGACGUUGUACUGCAAAUCUGUGGGUUACCCACAUCCCACUUGGUUAUGGCAAAAAGUAGACGGAGCUCUCUACAAGGACAUUGAUAACACCACUGGACGCUUCUUCAUCACUACCAGAGACAAUUACACAGAGCUCAACAUACUAAACCUGGAUAUAACCACAGACCCUGGAUUAUAUCAGUGCAAUGCUACCAACAGGGUUGGAAACACUACCAAGGAAACUAUUCUACGAGUGCGAAGCCAUCUUGCACCGCUUUGGCCUUUCCUGGGAGUGCUUGCAGAAAUUAUAAUCCUGGUGGUCAUUAUUGUGGUUUAUGAGAAACGCAAGAAGCCCGACGACUUUGUUGAUGAUGAUGAACCAGCUGGACCGAUGAAGACGAACUCAACAAACAAUCACAAAGACAAAAACAUUCGCCAGAGAAAUCCAAAAUAGGCAAUCCAUUCAGAUAUGAUGACUAAACUGCAUUUUUUUGACUACAUGAAAGUAUCAGAGGAUGAUGGAGCUCCAGGCUGUUCUGAGGG